AUGCCGACCGACACGAAGCGAAAAGCUGACAACGACGAGCCGAGGGCUGAUGGUUCCGACUACGACAGCGAUGGGUCCGAAGAACCCGACUUUAUCAAUGUCGACUUUGACUUUCGUGCACCCGAAGAAAUCGACUUCCUAGCCCUCAAGCGACUCUUGCAGCAGCUCUUCUACACGCACAACACCAAGCUCGAUCUAUCUUCACUAGCGGAUCACAUCGUCAAGACAUCCACCGAACAAGGCGUUGGUACGACCAUCAAGAUCGUAGAUGAUGAGGACCAAGAUCCAUACGCGUUUGUCUCGGCCAUCCCAUUGUCGAGCGACAAGAAGCAGGGAUUGGAAGCCGCAAACAGCCUCACCAAGUACCUCUUGGAAGCAUCCUCGAAACCCACAAGCAAAGCGGUGCAUGAUCUCAUCAAGAGCGCUGCAUCCAGCACUUCCACAAACCCGCCCGUCAUCGCAGUGCUUCACGAGCGUAUGGUCAACAUGCCUCCCCAGGUAGCACCACCUCUCUACAAGAUGCUGCUGGAAGAGGUGCGAGCGUCCCUCUCAUCCUCGUCCGCCACACAACCCUCGCACUAUCUCUUCUUUUCGCGUGUCUUCUCGGCUGAUGCAUUCUCGGACGACGAAGCCAUGGACGAAGACGACGACGACGAACCCUCCGGUCUGGCAGGCGCGAGGAAGAGGAAGGCGAAACUGGCACGUCGUGAAGCAAAAAAGGCUGGUGCCAAGAAGGAUGCUCCCAAGGCACGUGUUAUCUCGGACGGCAUGGCGUUGGCUGGAUCAUCGGACGAAGAGUUGGGUCUGUUCCACCCAGAAGAUAUCGCCAUCUCCAAAUUUGCGAGCAACUCGAUCACGUAUCGCUUCCCCCCACCUCCCGAUGCCUCGGACAGCUUUGAGGCUCCUCUUUUCGGACGAAUUGCGCUGGUACCCAACGACAAGAUGGACGCGCUCUUGCAAAAGAUCGAGGCUGACCUGUCGAUGCCUAUUUCUCAGUGA